CUCGCGCCUUCUCCUGGUGGCGGGAAAAGUAGCUCGAGGUUGAAGGGAUGUGCGGAAUGGCUGCGAUAGCGUUAGCUGCGCUUCAUCUUUAGGUCCUCGUCGCCCCAGAAGGCAAAGAAAGUGUAGUUUCUGAACUGAAUGAUGGCUGCAUUACAGAGUCACAGAGAACAUGAAAAGGGAACAAAGAAAACCUUUGCCCCACCUACACAAAAAUCACAUAUUGAGAAACCUCGGCCCAACUCAUGGAAGGAGGACACCCCAGGGACCAGUUCUCUAGAGGCAGAGACCAAACCAAGCCUGCUCAAAGCCAACCUGAAGAAGAAGCAGAAGGCAACCACAGAGCAUGGUCCAAGCAGGGGCCAGGAGAAAAAGCAAAAGGCUCAUGACCAGCCAGCUGAGAAGAAAGGAAAGGAAAAAACUCUUACCAGUGCAGAAUUUGAGGAGAUUUUCCAGAUUGUACUACAGAAGUCCUUGCAGGAGUGCUUGGAGACUUCCUGUAUCCAACGCAUAAGACCUACCAAAUCAGACAAAGAACCGGGCAUUGCUCCUUCUGCCACUGAUAAGGAAAAUGCUGAUCCAGAGAAGGUAAUAACUCCUGACACUCCAGAUAUUGCAUCUUCUGUAGAAGAGGGAGUGAAUUCUGAGAUGGGCACAUCUAGUUUAUGCCAGCCAGGUACUGAACCUUCUAAGAAGAAAUGGGAUAGACGCUCUUUAAGCAAACAAAAGAAGAAAGCUGAAGAUGAGAAAAUGGAGAAAAUCCAAGAUGAAUGUGAGUGCAGUCUGAAAGAAAAACAGAAGAUAAUGAUUCGGGAUCAGAAAGAAGAGGAAGGUAGUUUUGGUCACUGUGUCAUCUGGGUCCAGUGUUCCUCUCCAAAGUGUGAGAAGUGGAGGCAGCUCCGUGGGGACAUUGAUCCCUCCGUUCUCCCAGAUGACUGGUCAUGUGACCAGAAUCCAGACCUGAAUUAUAACCGCUGUGAUAUUCCUGAGGAGAGCUGGACAGGGUGUGAGAGCGAUGUGGCCUAUGCCUCCUACGUUCCAGGAUCCAUUGUCUGGGCCAAGCAGUACGGUUACCCAUGGUGGCCAGGCAUGAUAGAAUGUGAUCCUGACCUGGGGGAGUACUUUCUGUUUGCUUCUCAUCUUGAUUCCCUGCCGUCUAAGUACCAUGUGACAUUUUUCGGAGAAGCAGUUUCUCGUGCGUGGAUCCCAGUCCGUAUGCUGAAGAAUUUCCAGGAGCUGUCUUUGGAGCUAGCUAGACUGAAAAAAUGCAAGAACAAGGACUCUACCCAGAAGCUGGAGGCAGCCAUAUCGAUGGCACACAGGGCAGAACAGAUCAAUAUCCAGGAGCGGGUUAACUUGUUUGGUUUCUGGAGUCGAUACAAUGGAGCGGACAUCGGGGAAGGAAAAGAUUUGAUGCUCUGUGAGUCCAACAGCCCUGAGUCUUGUCUGGAGAAAGAGGAGAAGAACUCCGAGGAGGAGAAGAAGGAGGAAGAAGGGAAGAAGGACCCAACUUUGCCUAGACCCAAGCCAGCUAAAAUACAGACAAAAAGACCCAAGUCAAGAGGCCCAGUAGGAGGACAAGAUGGGACUCCAAAGAAGAAGACUGUGAAGAAAUCUCUGGUCAGUGAAUCCACAGUCCCUCCUGGACCUACACUGAGAGGAAAGGAAGAACAGGGGAAUUCAGACCUGGACCACCCAGGCCCUAAGAAAAAAUUUAAAGCUCCUGAAAACAAGGCUUCAGUCAACAACUUAUCUGAGGAGAAAGAAAUUAAAACUGUGUCCAAGUGCCCUGCCCCACCAGCUCAGCAUGGGGUUUAUACAUUGGGAAAGGAAGGACUUGAGCCCCAGGUGCCCCUGACACAGGGUGCAACAAGUUUCCCUCCUGACGAUGAUGGUUCCAGUGACCUGGACUUGGAACAACUCAUGGAAGACAUUGGAGAGCCAGAAGAGAGAGGGGAGAUGCAGCAGAGGGGCAGCUCGGAGGAGUUCCUGGCAGCCCUCUUUGAGGAAUAGAGUAUUGUGGUCUCCCUGCUGUUGUCUGCUGCAGGGAGAGCAUCUCCGUUCUCCUGGUCAGCUGUUAAAUGUUGGUGUUGUUGACCUGCUCCACGGUUCAAAUCAGAGCUGUGCGGCCUGUGUUAAUAAAGCAGGUCUCUGAGAUUA